CGCACGCCGCCCCGCCGCCGCUCUCCCCCGCCGCUCGCAGCUACCGCCUUUGCCACCACGAGGGACAAGGCUGCCCCCGAGCUGGUGACCCGUGCAGAGGUCAAUCAUCAUCCUACGGAGGAUUCACCUCUGCCUCAUCGGACGACGACACCGUUGAUUUCGCCGGAGAGUUCAUGGAGUCAGACGGGUCGCGAAAGUGUCCGCGCGCGCGCUCCCACUCCGCCGCCUCGUGGGCAGCGCCCGCCACCAGAGGAGCUGUCGCCGGAGGAUGAUGAGCGUACGGUAUCAUCUGCGAGCCUAUGCAUGUCGCCGGGGGCGGAGUCCGAGCGCGGGGCGGCGCCGCUCUGCUCCUCAACGCCCUUCGCCCCGCGCCUCACCAACGGAUACGACGUCCUCGACAACCGCGACCGAAGACAUGUUGACAGCUGUGACACUAUCAAUGGAAAUGUCAACGUGCAUAUAGUAUCGGAGUCGACAAACAGCAUGGAUGUGCUAAGUGGGGGCGAGAGCGACGCUGGCGAUACGCUCUCCAGACGGAAUAAUAAUAGUAUAUCAUCUCGCACCGCGUACUGCGGCGAGACGCAGCGGCGGCGCGGUGACGUCACCUACUUCGUGGCCAAGGAACUUCUCAUGACAGAGCGCACUUACAAACGUGACUUAGAACUCGUCACCGUAACGUGGUCCCGACACGUGGGCCGCGUGGCGUGCGCGGGCGCUGAGGGUGCGGAGGCGAGCGCGCUGGCCCGAGGCUGCCUCGCGCUGGAGCCGCUGGCGCUGCCCGCUGGCGCGCUGCUGGCCCGACUUGACCGCGCCCUCGCCACCGCACCUCACAACAGAAACGAGUUUCAAACAAGUUUCGAGUGUCUGCUGACCACCUUUAUGCCGCCUUACUAUGAUGAUAACGAGGAGCCGGAAUAUAAGAAGAUAGCAGAUAUGCUACACGAUUAUCUGACGAACAUAUACGAUGCGUACGAGCAGUACGCGCUGGGUGCGGGCGCGCUGGUGGCGCUGGUGGAGAGCGCUCGACGGCGGGGAGGUGCGGGCGCGCGAGCAGCUGCAGAGUUCGAUGCCACCUCGCCGCUGCCGCUCGCUGCGCUGCUGCUGCGUCCGCUGCACCGCGCACUCCAUCUACGAAGACUGGCACAUGAACUGUCGGUGGGCGGAUGUGGAGGUCGGGCACGCGCCGCGUUGGAGGUGUCAACGCGUAUGGCGGCGCUGGCGCUGCAGCAGCUGCCCCACGUCGAGAACCACAGCGCCCUCUGCCAGGUGCAGCGAGACAUCACCGGUUACGACAAGUUACUGGUGGCUGAGCGCGAAUUCAUCAGACUGGGCUGUCUCUAUAAACAUUCCACGAAGGGCUUACAGCAGCGGAUGCUAUUUCUGUUCAGUGAUCUGUUGCUGAUAACGUCCAAGUGCUCGGUGUCUCAGUUCCGAGCUCACCUCGCACUGCCGCUGCACUCGCUGCAGCUGCUGCCCUCUGACCUGCCGCACUCCUUCACACUGUCAGGAGAGGAUACGUGUGUGGUGUUGAGUGCUGGUAGUGCGGCGGAGCAGGCGGGCUGGUGUGACGCGCUCGCCGCCGCCAUUGAGAGAGCACGAGAACGUCCCACACAUCUUGACACUCAGCUCACGCCUGUUCACACUGACGAAGACGGUCUGAUAAUGUGGUCAAGAUUGCGGAAAGUACAGAAUCAGGCCUGGUCUACGUCCAGCAGUGAAGACUACCAGUCAUCUAGCGGAGCUGGUGGUGGUGCUGGUGGUGGUGCUGGUGGUGGUGCUGGUGGUGGUGCUGGUGGGGCGCUCACGUUCGUGUGCUGGCACCGCACCGCCUCACUCACACGACAGCAUCUCAACCUCGCCAUGCGUACUCAGCUGUCGGGCUAUCUUCUACGCAAGUUCAAGAACUCUCACGGAUGGCAGAAGUUGUGGGUUGUGUUUGCCGCCUUCACGCUGUUCUUCUACAAGAGUUGGCAGGAUGAGACCCCACUCGCCUCAUUGCCAUUAUUAGGGUACACGGUUUGUGCGCCUGCGCCUGAAGACGGUAUCGACAAGGAGUUUGUGUUCAAGCUGCAGUUCAAGAACCAUGUCUACUUCUUCCGCGCAGACAGUCACUUCACAUAUACCAGGUGGAUAGAAGUACUGCAGACACCAAUGUUACAUUGA